AUGGAGCGGACGACCUUUAAAACAGGGAACGAGAAACCGCAGAAGAAAGUGAGGUUUCGGGUGGCGUCGGCGAACAGCGGGCGGAUCCUCAAAGAGGUGUACAAAGAAGAGGGGCCGUCGGACUCCCUGGACUCAGACUGCACCAGCAGCUUGGAUUUGGAGCGGGCCAGCACCCCGUCGACGAGCGAAGCCAAUGGCCACCUCAAUGGACUGGUUAGCUCGGAGCUGGACGAGAGCGGGAGCGAGCCGGAUGACCUGCUUCUGUACGCCAGUGCAUCCAAGGACAGACUGUUCAGCACCAAGCGCAUCAACAUUCUCAGCAAGAAUGGGACCGUGCGAGGGGUGAAACACAAAGUGAGCGCCGGACAGGUGCUCUUCAACAAUCUGUCCAGCGUAUAUGGGUCAGCCGUGAAAGUGGAGUUCGGGCAGAUAGUGAUCUACACCACCAGCUUCCGCGUGGUGAGGAACACCUUCGAGCGCUGUGAGCUGGUCCGCAAGAUCUUCCAGAACCACCGGGUCAAGUUCCUGGAGAAGAACAUCGCCCUGGACAGCGAGUACAUGAAGGAGCUGGAGCAACGCUGCCGGAGGGUGGGGGAGCCGCCCUCUCUCCCCGUGGUCUUCAUAGACGGACACUACCUGGGGGGUGCUGAGAAAAUACUGGGGAUGAAUGAAUCAGGGGAGCUCCAGGAUCUUCUCACCAAAAUUGAGAGGGUGCAGCACCCCCACACAUGCCUCACCUGCGGGGGCUUCGCAUUUAUCCCAUGCCCCAUGUGCCAUGGCAGCAAGAUGUCCCUGUUUCGCAACUGCUUCACGGACUCCUUCAAGGCCCUCAAAUGCACCGCCUGCAACGAGAAUGGGCUGCAGCCCUGCCCCAGCUGCUCCCGCUAG